GUCUUUUCACACUCACCUAAUCAGUGCACAAGUUGCUAGCUGGCUUACACAAACCAUAAUCAUUCACAUUCUCUUUGUAAUCUCUUUGCUCCUGUUGCUCAACUCGUAGAGCAAUUGCAACAAAGAUCAGAAUGGCAGUAGCAGCUUAUGCCUCUCUUCUUUCUCUUUCCCAUGUCUUGGAGAAUAUCCAGCAUCCCGCUCGCCGGACUCGCCUUCAUCUUGACUCCAACCAAGUUCAAACCCUGCACCAAAAAGUUCAGUUCUUGCUGGAAUUUCUUGAAGUUGAUUCUGGGAGAAUAAGCCAAGAAACGGAAGAUCUGGCAAGACAGAUCGCUAUUCUUGCUGAUGAAGCAGAAGAUGUCAUUGACUUACAUGUCGUAUAUCAACUUGGUGAGGGAUCUCGAGAUAAAAGUCAGGAUAUGGCAGCACUCUCAUCUUCCUAUCAAGAUAUACACAAAGUAAUCCAAAAGAUUGACUCCAUCAUGAACGAGUUGGGGAUGAUCCGAAAGGAGAGCACCGAUGUCUCAAAACAACAACCGGUAGUUUCUGUGCCUGAUAGUUCAUCCACAGCAUUUACUUCCAGUGGCAAGAGUAGUACCAUUGUCGGAUUUGAUGAGCACUUGGUUCGAGUCAUGAACGAGCUCACUGGAUAUGAACGUGAUCUCCAAAUCAUCCCAAUAAUUGGGAUGGGAGGUAUUGAAAUAAAUGUGUCGCUAAACAUCACCUUCCCCACUUCACUCAAGAAAUUGACUUUGUCAAAUUGUUGUAUUCCUUGGGAGGAGAUGACGGUUUUUGGUUCUGUUUUGCCCAAUCUUGAAAAGCUUAAAUUGUACCAUAGUGCAUGCAAGGGAUCUGAGUGGAGUCCAGUUGAAGGGCAAUUUCCUCGAUUGAAAGUCCUAAUCAUAUGGAAUAAUAUCCUGGUGAGGUGGAGAGCAGAAAGUAUACACUUCCCCAAUCUUGAGAGACUUCAUCUUUCCAGUAUGCAGUGUUUGGAGGAGAUCCCUUCGGGUAUUGGAGAUAUACCCACUCUCCUCUCAAUUGAUCUCUAUGAUUGCAGCGAUUCUUGCGUCAAUUCGGCAAAGCAAAUAUUGGAGGAACAACAAAGCUUCGGAAAUGAGACCCUCCAACUUUAUGUUGGUUAAAAACUAGUCAGUGUUACUCAAUAAUACUACUUCACUUUUACAAUUUAUGUAAGAGGAGUAGCUCAAUCAAAUGCCCAAACUUUUUUUAGAAUUUAUCAU